GUCGUUAAGGCCCCUCCCAGCCCAAUCAUUCCAAGGUUCCAGGACUCUGUGCCACCCCUCUGUGACAUCAGCCCGGCCUGGUGGCGCCGCCGCCGCCGCCGGAGGUGACACCUGGGUUCUGCCUCUGCCACCUGCGCUGGCACCGAUGGCUUUGCUGGGGCUGCUGGUGCUGCUGGCGCUGGCCCGGCCCGUGGGGGCCACCUGGGACAGCUGCAGAGGGACCUGCGGGCUGCGGCCCAUGGCUUUCGACCACAGCUCGCUGGUUGAGUACCAUUCCCAGGAGUCCGAUUAUGGAUCCUUGGAUUCUUCCGACCACUUCUCGCAGGACACGGGCGCCAACGGGGUCCACCCUGGCGCCUGGCCCGGGGUCAUCAGCAUCCAGGCCACCCUGGACAACGGCACGUGGCACAUGUGCUCGGGGGCGCUGAUCCACCCCCAGUGGGUGCUCACGGUGGCACGGUGCUUCUCCAGGUCGGGGGACAUCACCAGGUGGGAAGUGGUGAUCGGGGCCACAGACCUGAGCCAGCCCGGCCCCGAGGCUGAGCUGCGCCACAUCCAGACCCUGGUGGUGCACGAAAAUUUCCUCUCUGCCACGGCCAUGAACAACAUCGCCCUGGUGCAGCUGGACAAGCCGGUGGAGUGCAGCGACUACAUCCAGCUGGGCUGCGUGCCCGACGGCUCCCUGGCGGUGCCCGAGCUCAAAACCUGCUACAUGGCGGGCUGGAGAGCCGCCCCGGCCAGCGGUCAGUGCCCGGGGCUGAGCCCGGCUCGGGGGGGGGACGUCGGGGCUCCCCUGGUGUGCAAGGACAACGACGAGGACAACUUCUGGCUGGUGGGACUGUCCAGCUGGGGCGAGGGCUGUGCCAGGGCCAGGAGGCCGGGGGUGUUCACGUCCACCCAGCACUUCCACGGGUGGAUCCGUGCCCACACCGGCCCCAACCCCGCGGCGCCCACCGCGGCGCCGCUGCCCACCCUGAACGCGCCGGGACGGGAGCCACCCGUCGUCCCCACCCCGGAAAGCGCCCUGAGGAGCUUGCUUGAGAAGCUGCAGGAGCUGGUGGAGGUGCUCAAGAGCAGGAUAGGGUGA